AGAAGCCGGUGCCUCUAAAGUGAAGUGACCUUCUUUGCGACCGUCAGAAACCGCUCAUCGACCCAGAGGAGCAGCAGGUACCGGCGCACCGGAGAGACUCUAACCCCGCGUAUUUUAAUCAAAAGCUGAUUAUGGGAGACAUCGCCAAGGGAAAGAAGGCUUUUGUCCAGAAGUGUGCCCAGUGCCACACAGUCGAGGAAGGAGGCAAGCACAAGGUGGGCCCCAACCUCUGGGGUCUGUUCGGACGCAAGACUGGGCAGGCAGAGGGCUACUCAUACACAGACGCCAACAAGAGCAAAGGUAUUGUGUGGAACGAGAAUACCUUGAUGGAGUACCUGGAGAACCCCAAGAAGUACAUUCCCGGAACCAAAAUGAUCUUCGCCGGCAUCAAAAAGAAGGGAGAGCGCGCGGACCUCAUCGCAUACCUUAAAUCAGCGACAUCAUGAAGUAGUCACUAAAUCAGAGUAUUUAAUGUAAUUUUAAUGUAUUUUGUUUGUCUGUUUAUUUUUAGGCUUGCACUCGCUAAAUAUCCUGUUUCAUGUUUAGUCAUUUGCACAGAAGGUCAAUUUAUGUUGUCGAAGGUUAGAAAAGUGGCAGCUUUUGUGAUCCAGCGAGUUCACAGCAGGUGUCACUUCCUCUUUAACGUCAGGGUGUGUCAUCAAAUGGCCAAACAUAAAACUACUGUAUGAUUUUUUUUUUUUUUUCAUGAAUCUGUUAUUUGACUCUAAUGACAAGGAAAUGAUUUCAGAUUUCUAGCUGUGAUAGGUUGCCUGACCUGCCACUCAUUCUGUUUUCCAUGACGACAUGUGUCUGGUACUUUCUGCUAGCAGAGCCAUCCGCCAUCAACUUCAUUUUUAAAACUAUUACUAAAAAACUAACCUAAUAUCAGAGACAUCAAAGUGACACAGGGUGGAAAUCUGUAGAGAUUUGGUGGUGAACCGGUUCAGACUCCCAGCUUUCAUGCCAACUGGAGUUUCUAACCUGCGAAGACGAGACACAGUGGAGAUUUUCUGCACUGUGUCUCACCUGUCCUCAUCUGUCGGUGCUCAGAAGCUACCACUUGCCAUGAAUGCUCUUUAAAUUCCACAGACUGAACAUUUGCUCCUCCUAAACUUUUGGACAAAACCUCUUGUUGCAUUCAAGGACUCCUAACAGAUCCUGGAUGAUUGGGUUACUGAAGCAGCUCCUGUUUUAACUCCCGAGUUUUUAAAACGUGCUCUGGGUGACAUACUGUUAUCUGCCUCAGCACAGCUAAGAACUGUGGGGUAUUGAUACGUACAAAUGCCUUUAUAAGCACCACCAUGCUGAGACUCCACCAGUGUGAAAUCAGCUGGCAAACAAUCACCAUGCCUAACAGUAAUGUCGUGGAGCUUCGGUACCACACAGAGAAACUGCCGAGGGCGCCAUCUGAGGUGAAGGAAGAUUUUGUUAUUUACCUGGUUUCACAGGCCGGAAAGAGUUUUAACUUAUUUUACUGUAAUCUGACUGCAGCUGUGAAAUGUUGUGACAAGGCUGCUUGCUGUCGAUGUAUACGGCGGUACACUGAAUGCACAGAAACAAUAUGAUGGUGAUGAUGAUGUUGUGGACAGGAUGGAUGAAGGAUCAAUUAAAACGUCCAGAAAUGUAAA